CCUGUGCCCCUAGCCACACACGGGAGCAGAGAAGCCGGGCGGGCAGCUCAGGAGAUGUCUCUGUGACAGAGGCUCAGAGGGGUAGGUCUCUGCCAUGUGGGGCUGGGCCCUGCUCCCCAUCCUGCUGGCCAUCUGCGGCACCGUGGGCUUCUGGGUGGUAUACACCAUGUCCGUGGCCAACGGGUCUGUGAACGUCACAGUCAUGUUCCCGUAUAUCAGCACCUGCGGAUCCGACCCUCCCCAGAGCUGCAUCUUCGGUCAAGUGCUGAACAUGGGGGCGUUCCUGGUCAUCCUGAUCAGCUACCUGCGGUUCCAGCAGGUUCGGGACUGGGGGUGUCCCUGCGCCCUGAACACGGCCGGCCUCUGCCUGGGGCUGCUCUGUGCCCUAGGGGCCUCUGUCGUGGGCAACUUCCAGCAAAGUAACCAGCUGGAGACUCACUUGUUUGGGGCGUUUCUGGCCUUCGUCGUGGGUGUCGUUUAUUUCUGGGUCCAGGCCGCGCUGACCAAACGGGUGAAGCUGCAUCCUGGCGGGCGUUGGAUCGGACCAACCCGGUUCUGUCUCAGUGCGGGCAGCACGGCCCUGCUUGUGGCCAAUUUUGCCUUUCUGCACUGA